CAGAAACCCCGCCCAGGAAAGAGUUAGAAAAAUGGGAGAGCUGUGGCAGAGGUGAGCAUACUCUUUAACAGGAACUAGACCCCAGAAGAGAAAAGGAGGCAUGUGGGAUCUUAGCUCCCCAACCAGAGACUGAACUCACACCCGCUGCAUUGGAAGACAAAGUUCUAACUGCUGAACUGCCAGGGAAGUCCCUAUGAUUUUUUAAAAAUUCUGCAUGCCCCUAACUAUGCCUCACCAGGGCCUGCUCCUAUUUAGGAUGGCUUCUCUGGGCAUGCUGCUGGGCAUGCUGAUGACCUCCUGCUUCACCUUCUGCCUCAGUCAUAAGAACUCGGAGUUUGCACUGACCAACCCAGAGGAGAGCAGCACCAAAGAAACAGAGAGAAAGGAAACAGCAGAGGAGGAGCUGGAUCCCAAGGUCCUGGAGGUGUUUUACCCGACACAUGAGUGGCAGGCACUUCGGCCAGGUCAUGCUGUUCCUGCAGGAUCCCAUGUGCGGCUGAAUCUCCAGACUGGGGCAAGAGAAGUGAAACUCCAAGAUGAGGACAAGCUUCGAAAUAAUUUGAAAGGGUUGAAAAAAGGCAAAAGGCUGGACAUCAACACCAAUACCUAUACAUCUCAGGACCUCAAGAGCGCACUGGCAAAAUUCAAGGAGGGGGCAGAUAUGGAGAGUUCAAAGGAAGACAAGGCAAGGCAGGCCAAAGUUAAACGGCUGUUCCGUCCCAUUGAGGAGCUGAAGAAGGACUUUGAGGAGCUGAAUGUUGUCAUUGAGACUGACAUGCAGAUUAUGGUACGACUGAUCAACAAGUUCAAUAGUUCCAACUCCAGCCUGGAAGAGAAGAUUGCGGCACUCUUUGAUCUUGAAUAUUAUGUCCAUCAGAUGGAUAAUGCACAGGACCUGCUUUCCUUCGGUGGCCUUCAAGUGGUGAUCAACGGGCUGAACAGCACAGAACCCCUGCUGAAAGAGUAUGCUGCGUUUGUGCUGGGGGCUGCCUUUUCCAGCAACCCAAAGGUCCAGGUGGAGGCCAUUGAGGGAGGAGCCUUGCAGAAGUUGCUGGUCGUUCUGGCCACGGAGCAGUCUCUCACUGCAAAGAAGAAGGUUCUGUUUGCCCUGUGCUCCUUACUGCGACACUUCCCCUAUGCCCAGCAGCAGUUCCUGAAGCUGGGGGGACUGCAGGUGCUGAGGAGUCUGGUCCAGGAGAAGGGCAUGGAGGUGCUGGCCGUGCGCGUGGUCACUCUGCUCUACGACCUGGUCACUGAGAAGAUGUUUGCUGAGGAGGAGGCCGAGCUGAUGCGGGAGACGUCCCCAGAGAAGCUGCAGCAGUACCGCCAGGUGCACCUCCUGCCAGGCCUUCAGGAACAGGGCUGGUGCGAGAUCACUGCCCACCUCCUGGCACUGCCAGAGCACGAUGCCCGCGAAAAGGUGCUACAAACGCUGGGUGCCCUCCUGGCCACCUGUCGGGACCGCUACCGUCAGGACCCGCAGCUCAACAGGACGCUGGUCAUCCUCCAGGCUGAGUACCAGGCACUGGCUGCCCUGGAGCUCCAGGAUGGCGAGGAUGAGGGCUACUUCUGGGAACUCCUGGGCUCUAUCAACAGCUUGCUGAAGGAGCUAAGAUGAGGCUGCCCCUGCCACUGGGACUAGACCGGGAUGCUGCUAGUGAGGCUGAGGGGCACCGGCUGGGGUGGGCUCUUCAGGGGAUACCAGCUAGGAGGGAGGACUUCCCCACUGGGGCCUGGGCAUCAUCUGGGCAGUGCUGGCCUGGCCAUUAAAUGGAAGCAUGAAGGCCAUUGUCUGUCUGUUUACUGUGUGUCUGUGCAGACUGGGCACAGUGCUUUGGUGGUCUUUGGGUGAUAGCGCCCUGAGGUCCCCUGGUGACGUGCUGGGUGGUCAGUCCAGGGCAUCCAGUAACAGGCCCCAUGGAAGGGUCUGGGCCCAGGAGUUGGAAAACCCCAGUUGGGACCCAGCUCUUUACCAGCCAGUGAGUGGCUCUGUGACUUUGGGAAGUCAUUUAACUUCCCUGAGGCUGUUUCCUCAUCUGUCAAAGGGGAAUGCUAUUAAAUGAGAGAAAACAUACAUAAAGCACUACACCAGUGCCUGGCACUCGUGCUUGCCACCUCCUCACCCAGCUAUGUCGGGAGGUCUGGGUAAUCAUCUCACUGCCCCCUUCAUCCUGUGCCUACAUAUUAGUUUCAAGGCCACUGGCACUGGCAGAAGCCUGAGGGCAUCUCCACACGCAGGGAUGCCGUGUCAGCCCAGGCAGCUGAUGGGCGAGGCUGGAGCUUUUGGUGCUGGGGCCUGGGUGGUGGGACUGCGGUGGCUCCGUGCCCUCUGGAGGCCUUUGGGUGUAGGCCUAACUCUGGGAGAGGAGUAAUCUCGAUAAAGCUGGUAGUGGGAGCCCAGGCCUGCCAGGCCCACCUUACAGGGCAGAGGUGCUUCUCUGUGCCCUUGCCCCUCUUCUGUGUCCGUGGUGAUCUGCACUGAGCUGGAGGAGGCGGCCUUGGAGGCAGGGGCAGCCGAGCCUGACAAGUCGCUGCUCCCACCCCAGAGAAGCUGGGAGCCUGCCGCAGGUUGCCAUGGCAACCCCUGCUCUGGGCUUUCCUGAUUUGGAUUCUGGUGCGUUUGUUUUUCUGCCUUUCCCAAUGCACCAGAGGCUCACUCCUGCUGCUCUGGCAGCCCCUCCCAGCCUCCAUGUAGAAGUCUCCCCAUCCUGGCCUUGCAUGUAGAAAUCUCAGCUUCACUGAGCUGAGGAGAAACUGAGGCCCAGAGAGACCUGGGGCAAGUUGGUGGCUUCCUUCCCUGCAGUCUCUUUGCUCGGCCUCAGACCCUCCCCUGCCCACCUCAUGCCACAACACACAGGAAGCCUGGGAGUGCUGCUGGCUGCAGAGAGCUCUCCCAGGAGGGUGGGAGGAAAGCAGGAGUCUGUUGAGCCAGGGUAGGAUGCCUCAGGGCUCAGCCGUUGUGGGGAUCAGACCCAAAGUCUAUCAAGUGUUGGAUACCUACUGACUCACUGCCUUUAAAACCUCUUAGUAGCCUUCGAAGUACAUUUUACAUAUGAGGAAAUCAUGGCCAGAGAGGCUAAAUGAUCUGCCUGAGAUCACACAGGUUGUGAGUGGCAGAGCUGGAGUUUGCUGGGCUGACCAUGCUGUGGAAAACUUAAAUGUUUGGCUCAGAAGAGUAUCAUUUUAAUUUGACAGGCCGUGGUGGGAGGGCCAGGAGAGAUGGCAGAGCAGGGCAGGGUACAGAAAGGAAGUGUUGGGACCUGGCUAAGGCCAAGGUCAAGAGUCACUUUAAAGAGGGUGUCAGGAGACUCUCAGGUGGAUUUGAGAGAGGGGGAAGGUGAGACAUAGGGGAAUGGGGCUGCCCUGGCACAUGGAGAGGGGGGAGCUUGGACUUGGGAAUAAGUCUGGUCUGAGUCUCGGUCCUGGCAGAGGUGAGCACUGAGGCUGUAGGAGCAGGUGCACUAUUGGGAUGAGGGCUGACAGAAAUGUGGGGAGCUGUGGAAGGAGGGCUUGUGAGGCCCCUGUGGUAGUAUCAGGCUAGGACUGAGGAUCCCCAGAGCCAUUGAAGCUUCUGUAACCACCAGGGUCUGAUCUGGGAUAUGGGAAGGGGUUCCCACGGAAGGAGUGACACUAGUAGAGGCCUAAUUGAGGACCCCGGUAUCUCUUCUGCCCUCAGGUAUGCUGCAUAAAAUAGCAUACCUGUAAAGCAGAAAGGAGAUUUUGGGCCAUGAACUCUUGGGGAGAGGGGACCCUGGGGCCGAGAAAAGAGCAUAUGGGAAGUGAGAGAGGGGAGCCAGACCAGUGCCAGGCUGCCACAGCCGGGUGAUGGGACCGUUUCUCCCUUCUUCUCCACUUCACAUACACACAGACAAGGCAUCAGGGCGGGUGAAGCUUGGUCUGCAGUCUGUCUUCUCAGUGGCGUCAUCUGGGUUCAUCAUGGGCCUCUGACUUCUUGGUCCUGGACCCUGAAGCAGACCUUCCAGGGACACAGGCAGCAGUGUGACCCAGGGCUCAGGCUCAGGCUGCAUGGGUGUGGAUUCUGGUUCUGCCACCCAGUUCAUCAGUGAUGGUUGUCUGCAGGUCUAGGAGGAGCCCUUUUCUGCCUUCCCUUUGGGUGCCAUCCUGGGAACAGUGCCCAGGGAGUGUGACCUGGGCUUGAAGUUAGGCAGAAAGUGGUAAUGGCGGGCGGGCAUAGUGACCAGACUUGGGGUGAUUCAGCUUCCUGCCAGGGCCUGGAAGCCGUUUAUUUCUUCUCCCACCCCUGUCACGUGGUGGGGCCCCAAGGCUCUUGGCCUUCUGGAAAGGACUGGACUGAGAGCUCUGACUGGCUGACACCCUGUAGUCCCUGGAUGAUUGCUGGUUCCCUGCUCCUCAGCUGGGCUGAACCAGGCCCUCUGUGCAGGAGGCUGACAGGGGUGGGGAGUAGGGUGGGGGGCCUAGGUCCUCUCCCCAUCCCUCAGCAGGCUUGGUCUUUAUUAAUCCACUUGUUCAUUCAUUCUUUCAUUCAAAUUGUAUUUGUUGAGCACUUACUCUGUGUUGGGCCCCCCUGGCCUGAGAUUAGUAAAUCACAGGCCCUGCCACCAGGGAGCUCACAGUCCGGUGGGGAAGCAGUUGAGCGUGACAUAUACUGUGGUAGGGGAAGCCUUGGUCAGUUGGAGCUGAGGAGACCCCUCACCUAGUUGAAGAGGUCAAGGAAGGCCUCCCAGAGCCAGUGGUAGCCAAGCUGUAGCCUGAAGGACAUUUGAAGAGCAAGCCAAGUGGAGUGGGGAAAGGGUUUCCAGCCUGAAGAUAGAAGAAGGCCUGAGGUUGAGAGAGAGUGGUCCAUUUGAGGAACCCAGAAGUUCACCAUAGGUGGAGGAAGUGCCAGGGGUGAAGGGCCAGGUGGCCAAGGUGGAGCCACAGAAGUCAAGGGGACCAUAUUCUCCAGCAGCCUACCAGCCUUGCCAGGGAGUGCACCCUCGUCCCGAUACAGCAGGGAGCAAGGGGUGAGUUUUAAGCAUUCUCCUGGCUGCUGCUCAAUUCAUUUAUUCAGUCCUUCAUUCACAAACAAAUCUGAUUUAGGACUACUAGGACCCAGGUGCUGUUCUAGGGCAUGAAGUGGUAAGUGGAACAGUAGAGGUGUGUGUGGGGUAGACCCUGACUAAUAAGUAUGUAAUAUGAUGUCCGACAGUGAGUGCUGAAAGCUAUGAAGAAAAAUAAAGCCUGAAAUGGGGUUAAAGAGUGUCAGGGAAGGCCUUUCUGAGGAGGUGCUGUGUGAACAGAAGGAAGCGGGGCAGUGAGCCCUGUGGGGAUCUGGGGAAGUGCUUUGUAGACCAAGGGAAUAUCAGAGGCAGGAACAUGGCUGGGUGUUGGAAGAAAAGCAAGAGUCAGUGGAAGGGAGAAUAGUAAGCAACAUGGGGAGGGCAGAUCCUGGCUGCUCUGGUAAGGACUUGAGCUUCUUUGCGAUGGGAGCCAUUGGAAAGUUGUGAGCAGAGGAGAGACCCGACGUGACUGACAUUUUAGCAGGAUCACUCAUGUUGCUGUGGUGAGAAUAGAUGACAUGGGCAGGAACGAAGCAGGAGGCCCAUGCGGGGUGUGAUGUAGAAUCUAGGUGAGAGCUGAUACGGUGUGAACCAGGGUGACGAUAGAGAAGGUGGUGUGAAGUGGUCAGACUCCAGAUGUGUUUUAAAGGUCAAGCUGAGAGGACUUGCUGACUGACUACAUGUGGUGUGUGAGGAAAGAAGAGUCAAGGAUGAAGCCCUACCCGGGGACUUGAGCAAACUGGUGUGUGGAGAUGCUGUUUACAAAGUGGGAGGAUAGAAGAGUAGGGGAAAAAAGAUUGGGGCCUUGUGGUGGGUGUUGUUUUGACAUGUUUGUAUUGAGAUAUUGAUUGGACAUUCCAGUGGGGAUGCUGAAUAGGCAGCUGGAGAGAGUCUGGAGCUGAGGGAAGAGGCCACCUGUGAAGAGAGAAACUCAGAAGCAGUGUGUGAUGGAGCUAGCUCAUAGCAGUGUGUGAGGCGUGUGGAUAUGAGAAACAUUGUGAGCUGGUUGUGGAACACAGCCAUUGUUAAAAAUCAAAUUGGGGGGCUUCCCUGGUGGCGCAGUGGUUGAGAGUACGCCUGCCGAUGCAGGGGGCGUGGGUUUGUGCCCCGGUCCGGGAGGAUCCUGCGUGCCGCAGAGCGGCUGGGCCCGUGAGCCGUGGCCGCUGAGCCUGCGCGUCCGGAGCCUGUGCUCUGCAGUGGGAGAGGCCACAGCGGUGAGAGGCCCGUGUACCGCAAAAAAAAAAAAAAAAAAAAAAAAAAAUCAAAUUGGGGACUUCCCUGGCAGUCCACUGGUUGAGACUUUGCCUUCCAGUGCAGGGGGUGCGGGUUCGAUCCCUGGUUGGGGAGCUAAACUCCCACAUGCCUCGCGGCCGAAAAACCAAAACAUAAAACAGAGGCAAUACUGUAACAAAUUCAAUAAAGACUUUAAAAAUGGUCCACAUCAAAAAAAUCUUUAAAAAAAUCAAAUUGUAUAUACUUAAAAUUAAAUAUUAAAAGAACAAAGGUAAUUUUUAAAAACUAGUAAAAGAGCAAAUUAAACCCAAAGAAAGCAGAAGAAAAGAAAAUAAUAAAGAUAAAAGCAGAAACCAAUAAAGUUGAAGACAGAAAAACUAAAGAAAAUCAGUGAAAUGAAAAGAUGGUUCUUUGAAAAAGAAUCCAAUCAAAAAAUGGGCAGAGGACCUAAAUAGACAUUUCUCCAAAGAAGACAUACAGAUGGCCAAGAGGCACAUGAAAAGAUGUUCAGCAUUGGUAAUUAUUAGAGAAAUGUAAAUCAAAACUACAAUGAGAUAUCACCUCACACCUGUCUGAAUGUCUGUCAUCAAAAAACCCACAAACAGGGACUUCGCUGAUGGUCCAGUGGUUAAGACUUCACACUCCCAAUGCAGGGGGCCCGGGUUCAAUCCCCGGUAGGGGAACUACAUGCUGCAACUAAGAGCCCACAUGCUGCAAUGAAGAUCCCGUGUGCCACAACUAAGACCCGGCACAGCCAAAUAAAUGUAUAUAUUUUAAAAAUCCACAAAUGAUAAAUGCUGGAGAGGGUGUGGUGAAAGGGAACCCUCCUACACUGUUGGUGGGAAUGUAAAUUGAUACAACCACUGUGGAGAACAGUAUGGAGGUUCCUUAAAAAACUAAAAAUAGAACUACCAUAUGAUCCAGCAAUCCCACUCCUGGGUGUAUAUCUGGAGAAAAACAUGGUCCGAAAGGAUACAUGCACCCCAGUGUUCAUUGCAGCACUGUUUACAGUAGCCAAGACGUGGAAGCCACCUAAAUGUCCAUUGACAGAGGAAUGGAUAAAGAAGAUGUGGUACAUAUAUACAAUGGAAUAUUACUCAGCCAUUAAAAAAAGAACAAAAUAAUGCUAUUUGCAGCAACAUGGAUGGACCGAUGGACCUAGAGAUUGUCAUACUGAGUGAUGUAAGUCAGACAGACAAAGAGGAAUAUUGUAUAUCACUUAUAUGCAGAAUCUAAAAAAAAAAUGAUACAAAUGAACUUAUUUACAAAACCCAAAGAAACUAACAGACUUAGAGAAUGAACUUAUGGUU